AUGAGAUUGGACGUCAAGCGCCAGCUUUAUGCCCGCAGCGAGCGGGUUAAGGGCAUCGACUUCCACCCGCAGGAGCCAUGGAUCCUCACCACCUUAUACAGCGGCCAUGUCAACAUUUGGUCAUACGAGACACAGCAAAUUGUCAAGUCCUUCGAGCUUACAGAUGUCCCCGUUCGAGCUGGUCGAUUUGUCGCGCGAAAGAACUGGAUAGUCUGCGGAUCAGAUGACUUCCAGCUGCGAGUCUACAACUACAACACCUCCGAGAAGAUCACCUCCUUCGAGGCGCAUCCCGACUACAUCAGAGCCAUCUGCGUGCACCCCACGCUGCCCUUUGUUCUUACCGCCUCCGAUGACAUGAGCAUCAAGCUCUGGGACUGGGAUAAGGGUUGGAAAUGUGUCCAGGUCUUCGAGGGCCACAGCCACUAUGUCAUGGGUCUUGCUAUUAACCCCAAAGAUACCAACACCUUUGCCUCGGCAUGCUUGGACCGAACAGUCAAGAUCUGGAGCCUGGGAUCGGGCACCGCCAACUUCACCCUCGAGGCCCAUGAGACCAAGGGAGUCAACCAUGUCGACUACUACCCCCACUCCGAUAAGCCUUACCUCCUCACCACCUCCGACGACCGAACAGUCAAGAUCUGGGACUACACCACCAAGUCUCUGAUUGCCACUCUCGAGGGACACACCAACAACGUCUCCUUCGCCUGCUACCACCCAGAACUGCCAGUCAUCAUCUCUGGUUCCGAAGACGGCACCAUCAAGCUCUGGCACGCCAAUACCUACAGACUAGAGCAGUCACUGAGCUACAGCUUGGAAAGAGCUUGGUGCGCCUCUUACCAGAAGGGCAAGCAGGGUGUUGCCAUCGGAUACGACGAUGGUGCUGUUGUGAUCAAGCUCGGACGCGAGGAGCCCGCCGUCUCCAUGGACCCAUCCGGCAAGCUGAUCUGGGCCAGGCAAAACGAAGUCGUGUCUUCCAUCAUCAAGGGCGAUGCCUCCGUCAAGGACAACGAGCCCAUCUCACUACCGACCAAGGACCUCGGAACUUGCGAAGUGUAUACCCAGACGCUGAUUCACUCACCGAAUGGUCGAUUCGUUGCCGUGUGUGGCGAUGGCGAAUACAUCAUCUACACGGCACUGGCAUGGCGAAACAAGGCUUUCGGUUCUGCCAUGGACUUUGUCUGGGCCUCAAAGGAAAACAGCAACGAUUUUGCCAUCCGAGAGUCAGCCAUGAGCGUCAAGGUGUUCAAGAACUUUGUGGAGAAGAGCGGAGGUUUGGAUGUUGGCUUCCAGGCUGAUGGCCUCACUGGAGGUGUUCUGUUGGGUGUUACUGGCCAGGGUGGUGUCUCCUUUUUCGACUGGGCUACUGGUGGCUUGGUUCGCAGAAUCGAGGUAGAGCCUAAGCAGGUUUACUGGUCAGAAAGCGGCGAGCUGGUGGCCAUUGCCUGCGAGGACUCAUUCUACGUCCUGCGCUUCUCCCGUGAAAACUAUAUCGAGGCCGUACAGUCAGGACAAGUCGAGGAAGAUGGCGUUGAGUCUGCCUUUGAAGUCAUCACCGAUGUCAACGAGACCAUUCGAACGGGUGAGUGGGUUGGCGACUGCUUCAUCUACACCAACAGCACAAACAGACUCAACUACCUGGUCGGCGACCAGACCUACACCAUUUCUCACUUUGACAAGCCCAUGUACGUUCUUGGCUACAUCCAGAGAGACUCUCGCAUCUACCUUGCCGACAAGGAUGUCAACGUCACCUCUUUUGCCCUGUCACAACCCGUUCUCGAGUACCAGACGCUAGUUUUGCGAGAGGAUAUGGAGACAGCUGCCGAGUUGCUGCCAACCAUCCCGGCUGAUCAGCUCAACAAAGUUGCACGAUUCUUGGAGGGCCAGGGACACAAGGAUCUUGCUUUGGAAGUUGCCACUGACCCAGAGCACAAGUUUGAGCUGGCAUUGGCCCUGAACCAACUCGCCAUUGCUCUUGAUUUGGCCCGACAGGCUGAUGCCGAGCACAAGUGGAAGACUGUCGGAGAUGCGGCCCUGACCGCAUGGGAUGUUGGGCUGGCUGCUGAGUGCUUCACCCACGCCAAGGAUCUUGGAUCUCUCCUCCUCGUGUAUUCAUCAACAGGCGACAAGGAGGGUCUUGCCAAGCUAGUUGCCCAGGCGGAAGAGGCAAACGCCCACAACGUGGCAUUCUCAGCCUCUUGGCUAAUAGGUGACAUCGAUCGAUGCGUGGACAUCCUGACAAAGACUGGCCGAUCAGUAGAGGCUACUCUAUUUGCCCAGACGUACAAGCCUAGUCUGGCUACAUCUGCGGCAAAGGCCUGGAAGGAGAGCCUGGAGAAGAACAAGAAGGGCCGGGUGGCUAAGCUGAUUGGUGUCCCGGAUGACGAUGCAGAGCUGUUCCCCGAAUGGGACGAGUGGCUAAAUCUGGAAACCGAGGGUGGUGUGGCCGCCGAUGCGGAUAUUGCGACACCCGAGGACGAAGCCAAGGAGGGAGAAGAGGAAAAGGACGAGGAAAUGCAAGAGGCUCAGGAGGAGAUUGAGGAGGAGAUUGAGGAGGCGGAAGAGUAA